CAAAAAACCUCCCAAAACUCCAACGACGGAGCAUCACCAAAGCCCACACUUCAGCCAUUGGGAACCUCGCCGCCAAUUGACCACACGAUGCCUCCUCGACUACCGACGACGACGGCCGCCGAGGCUGUGCGGGCCUUUGUCCGACCAUUCUCCUGCACCGCAUCCGCCGCCCUUCCUCCCCGCGAGCCCUCCACAGGUGGCACCCACACUAGCCGUCUCGCCAACCUCAACAGCAACAGACGGGGCGCCGACCGAUCCCCGAGAGUGCAGCCCGGCGAUGCCGCCGCCCGGAUGAUGGAGAGAUACAAGGCUAGGGACGCGAGCUUUGUGCGCGAGAAGACGGCCCAGAUGGAGUUCCUCCGCAACCAAAAGAUGUCGAGCGACUUCCUCAAGCAGAUGCCCCGUCGCUGGGAAGUCGGUGACGUCUACUCGCCUCACGAUCUGAGUCCUGUCGAGAUGCAAAAGUGGAGGAAGAGGUCGGUGCGGAACGUGGAUGUUGUUGAUGCUCUCGGCAUCAGCCCUCUGGACAUGUACAAGAACUUCUCCCUCAUCGAGCACUUCACCUCUCCCUCGGGCAUGAUCAACCACUCCCAACUCACCCGUCUCCGACCCGUCAACCAACGCAAGGUGGCCAAGAUGGUCCGCCGGGUCCAGGGCAUGGGCAUCUAUCCCACCAUCCACGCCCACCCCGAGAUGCUGCGGGAUCAAUUCUUUGGUCGACACUAA